GUCAAAUGUGAUAAUCAAGAGAUUGAAGUGAAGUACAAGAAGUUGUCGCACAUUCACAACGCCGGCCAAUCGUUGUUAGACUAUGGGUUCGGUGAUCACAAGUCGUUGAUGAUGUCGGCACUCGUGGACUGCUGUUCGUAUCCCUUGCCGUAUGAGUUGCCAAAGCUUUGGAAGAAUAAUUUGGAAUCAAUUAUGAGUUUCUUAGAAACCAGUUUAACAGGAAUAACUGGGUAUGUGUUGUCCGCUACUAAUACCGUUCCCAAAGGGGUGUCCGUUAUGAUUGAUGGUUUCGAGGAAUCCGUGGAUAUCGACCCGAAAAACGGGAAAUUUUAUUUGGUUUUAAAUCCCGGCGUUUAUACCGUUCACUUCUCAGCGCCGGGCUAUGAGAACAAGUCGUUGACAGUAAACGUGAAGACAAACGAGAAUCAGAUAAUGAAUGUCAUUCUGGACUCAAUCGGACUG